AUUGACUUGAUUCGAGGACAGGACCGGUCAUGGGGAACAAGAGCAUCCCCGAGCUUACUCUCCCCUUCCUGCUCACGACUGCUCUUUGCUUGGAGGCAACUCACAUAAAAAACACCUUUCACUUUCCGUCUGAGAAGAUGACCUGGACAGAGGCGAGACAGUACUGCCAGAGGACACACAUUGACCUAGUUACCUGGAACACAGUGGACAGAGUGAAGCUGAGUAAGUGGUUGGUAAAGAUUGAUGUGAAGGAAGCCUGGAUCGGCCUACACCGAGAUCCUGAGAAAGACCCAGUCUGGAAGUGGAUAAAUGUGAAAACUGGAGAAGGUGUUGCAGGACACGACCUCUCACAGAGCAGUGAGUGGGCUGAUGGGUCGCAGAGCGGUCACUGUGCAGUCGUACGAGAUGAUCUCAUGUGGUACAGUGUUAAGUGUUCAAGUAGAUAUAAUGUUUACUGCUCAAGAGGAAGCAAAACACUUCAUCACGAAGGUAACAUCAGCUGGCACCAUGCUUCUCAGCUCUGUCAGGCUUUCAUGAGUAACCUCGCCACCAUCACCAAAGCAAACAAAGAUGAUUUAGAUAACAGUGGCUGGUUCGGACUGUACCGACAGGCCGGUCACAACUGGAGCUGGGUCGGAAAUUCAUCCUCUAAUUAUAGAAACUGGGCCCCAGGAGAGCCACUCACCACAGACUGUGGCUCUUAUGAUCCUAAGACUGAGAAGUGGUACAGCAAAGUGUGCUCCCAAGAGCUGGAGCCUGUCUGCUAUGAUGACAACCUGGUGGUGGUGAACAAGAACAAGACGUGGGAGCAGGCCCGGAGGCACUGCACGGCCAUGAGAACACCAUGUGCCGACUCCUCCGACUCCUGCGUGUACAGCUACAAGAUGCUGAGCCUGCACAACCUGCAGGACUACGACUAUGUCAGAGAGCGGAUCUACAGAGCCUCGACUGAUGAGGUGUGGAUCGGCCUACGUUACCUGGCAGGGGAGUGGCGAUGGAUGAAUGGAAAUAAGCUGGACGACCAGGGGAUGCUGCCGGAGUGUCCGUCCCAGUGGAAGAACUGUGGGACUCUGUCAAAACAUGACACAAACAAUUGGAUCAACAGGGACUGCUCAGAGAGAAGAAACUUCAUCUGCCAGAGGCGUAAAAUGCCAAUUGGAGAAGAGAAAAGAAAUUGAUGAAAUGCAUGAAAGUUUGAAUUUUAAAACUCUGUUUUGAUCUGUAGAUUAACUGAUUGAGCUUUUUCACUUAUUUGGCCAAGUUUAAAACUCAUACAUUUCAUAGUUCUGAAUGGGUGUCUAUCAGCUACUGUAAGUCCAUAUUGCCUCAUGUUAUUUUGAACAUUACAUUUUGCUUUGUUUUUUAGUUUUUCUUCAAAAUCUGACUUAAAUUUAGAGUCAAGAGCAAAGCCGUGUGUACUACACAUACUGUAACAACCAUUAUGUACUAUGAAUGGAUCUUUUACAAAACAGUUGAGUAUGUAUUGGGGACUGUCUGUUGUUCAACUGUGUUUUUACCUCAGACUGUUCAUCAUCAGAGUUCAUUUCAAUUCAGUUCCAAACACAAUCUGAAUGUGAUGACUAAGUGGAAAGCAAAUAAAGAAA